AUUAACAGCGAAAUAAAGGCAAACAAAUAGAUUAGAAAUUGAUCCAAAGAACAACGGGGAGGGGGGGUGCAUUCUUGUCCUCGUUGUUUCCCCCUUCUGUCUUCCGGGAAUCCGCGGCGCCUUCGAGUUCGGCGUCUCGAUCCUCCCCCGCCCCCCCGAAUCAGCACGAGGAUGAGUGACGACGGAGAAAGGACUUGCCCUCUGUGCGCGGAGGAGAUGGACCUGACCGACCAGCAGCUGAAGCCUUGCAAGUGUGGGUAUGAGAUUUGUAUCUGGUGUUGGCAUCAUAUAAUUGAAAUGGCUGAGAAAGAAGACACAGAAGCUCGGUGUCCAGCAUGCCGCACACCAUAUGACAAGGACAGAGUCCUUAAAGCGGCACCUGCCAACUCCGAGAGGAUAAUAGCUGAGAUAUUUUCUGAGAAAAAGCAAAGGCCUCAAAGAGCAAAGACCAAGAUAUCAGCAGAAGCUAUGAAGCAUCUUAGCGGUGCCAGAGUGAUGCAAAAGAAUCUUGUAUACAUAACUGGGUUACCUUUUAAUUUAUGUGAUGAAAAUAUUCUUGAGCGCAAGGAAUACUUUGGCCAGUAUGGGAAAGUUUUAAAGGUUUCAAUUUCUCGUGCAGCUGGCACUUCUUCGCAGAAAACAUCAACUAACAACACAUUUGGCAUUUAUGUUACAUAUGCCAAGGAGGAAGAAGCUGUUCGAUGUAUACAAGCUGUACACAAUUAUGUGUUGGAAGGUAAAUCCUUGAGAGCAUGCUUUGGCACCACAAAAUAUUGCCGUGCAUGGUUAAGAAAUAUGACCUGCAGCAAUCCCGAUUGUCUGUAUUUGCAUGACAUAGGUAGCCACGGAGAUGGUUUUACAAAAGAUGAGAUGAUUUCAGCUUGUACAAGGGUUCCUCAAAUUACUUCUUCCAGUUCUCAACGACGUUUUGGAACUGUUUUGCCUCCGCCAAUGGAUGACUUCAACAGCAGAUUAGGCUUGGACAAGCAUCCAGUCAAGAGGACCUGUAUUAAUUCCUCAAUCCAGGUUAACGGUUCUUCUAAUAUUAGUGCCGAAAUGUCCAAUGCUUUACCAGCAGCUGCUUCAUGGGGACUUCGUGGUUCAAAUUGCCAGAUUUUGGCUUCAAGUAUACAAUGUUCUCGAACACCUGCAAUUCAAAACACACAGGCUAUAAGCAAUUCAUCUUUGCCUUCUUUAUUGACGACAAGCACAAAGCAACCUUCAGCACGGGAUGAUGAAAUGCUUAUAACAUCAAGGGUACCUGAAAGCAAGGAAGAUGUUCAUUCCAUGUCCGGGUCCUUGGAACCUUUACGACUUGUUACUCGGGCAGAUUCACCGCUGACUUCAUCUUUAGAGACAGUCAAGAUUGUUGAUUUUUCUUUGAGAUCUUCAUUGAAUGACAAUGCCAUUGUAACAUCAAAGCCAGUGGAACAAAUAAAAAUGGCAGAUUUGGAUGACAGGUCUAGUCCGUUAGUGUCUAUAAGAUCUGACUUUGACAGGCAGCAGCAAACACUUUUAUCAUCAACUCAGGUGGCCCCGGUCAUGAUUGGUACCUCUCAGGUUUCUUCAAGUUGCUUAUCCGACCCUCUAGCAGUAGCACUUGAAGACAAGGAAAGAGGUAGUAUUUCAAGUGGUAGUGACUCGGAGCCAAAAAAUGCCACCACUAUUUCUAAAAGUACGGUUAGAAAAUUUGGCAAUUCCAAUCAUGAUAAAGUUAUUAAUGGUUCUGCUAUUGUCAAUGAUGAUAUGCAGAGCUUUCGCUUAGGAUUUUCUUCAGUUAAUAUAGAUGCCCAUUCUGUGGAAAAUCAGUUAAAUAUUGACCAGCAUCAAACCUCAGUCUCUGAUCUCUGUUCAACUGAGAUGCUCAGGAGUCGAGAUUUAAAUUUGGCCUCUGUUACAUCGAGCAUGAUUAAAUCAAUGGAUUUGAAUUCUGAACCCCUAAAGCAACAAUCGAUCUCUAUAAUGGAUAUGAUGAAGGAUCCUGUGAAAUUGCAGCACACACAGUUUUCACCUUGUGGAGGUCACCCACAAAACAGUACAAGUCAGUCAAAUUCUGCUCCCUGGAGUAUUGGACUUCGAAAUAAACAACCCCCAUUUACUGAUGGUUCUUGGGACAUGGAUAGAAAAAUUGAGGUGGCUAUGUGUUCCAUAGGAGACGACGAAUCUGUAAUACAUGAUGGACACAGCGAAUAUGUUAUAAACUCAAAUUCUUCAAGCGGUAAUGGUUCAGAGUGUCCUGGGUUCAACUGCAUGGAAGAAAAGAUGAUACCAGUAGAUAUGAUUGAUAUAAUUAGUAGUAACAAUGAUGCUUGUGUAGAUAAAAAGCAAGAGAGCAGCAUCAUUUCAGAUUUAUUGUCACUAGAUUUUGAUCCAUGGGAUGACUCAUUAUCCUCAGCUAACAAUUUGGCUAGGCUGCGUGGUGAAAUUGAAGAAAACAAUUGUUUAAAAUUAUCAAGUUCAUGGAAAUCCCUAAACAGUGACCAGUCUAGAUUUUCUUUUGCGAGACCAGAAAGUCAAGCAAUCCUUUUAGAACCUGCUAGAGAAAUUAGUGAUGCUCAGAGACUUCAGUCCUCAUCACGAGUUUCAUAUAAAGAUGGUUUCCAGAAUCGAGUUCAAUCCAAUGAUUUUGAGGAUGUUGAUCUUUUCAUCGGUAGCAACACUUUGUCUGAUAGGACUACUGGUGUUUCAAGGGCCAAGAUAACAGCUCCACCUGGAUUCUUGGCUCCAACCAUAUCGUCGCCUCCGGGGUUUUCUUGUCCAGACAGAGGUAACCAGGAACAUGACAUGACCUACUUAGGUGGAAAUCAUUAUCAAUCACAUUUAGCUGGAAGUUCAGGUGACGUGGAGUUCAUUGAUCCAGCGAUAUUGGCUAUUGGUAAGGGACGGAUACAUCUUGAACCAAAUAAUUCAACAUUGGGGUUGAAAUAUUCAUUUCCUGCACAGUUUAGCACCCCCAAUAAUGAUCCAAGGCUUCAUUUAUUGGCUCAGCAAUCAGUUUCUUCUCCUCAGAACCUGGGAAUACCAGAUCAUAUGGGAGAAAGAUUCUUACAGUUGAAUGAUGCAUACAUUGCAUCUCAACUUUUGGCACAAAGCCAUGCUGGUAUUUCUCCAAUUAUGCAGUUGUCAUUCCAGCAUUUGAGAAAUCCACUCUUUUCAAAUAGCCAGUGGGAUGCCUGGAAGAGUGUAUGCCCUGGCAAUAAUAUAGGCAUGAGUGAGAAAUUCAGGAAUGGGAGAUUUGGACUUAAUGACUAUUACACAAGCACUGACGAAAAUAAGUUCCACAUACCAAGUGCAGGUAAUCUGUAUAACCAGGCAUUUGGAAUGUAACGCUGAUCUGUUGCUGUGCUGCUCUGACCUUGUUAUUGUGAAAGUGGAUAUCUGACAAUGGAUGACAGUCAGUUUUUCAAUCUGAAAGCUUAAUAUUUGGACAAUUUCCAUCGACAGCAGGAACGCAUCAGUUACUGCAGCUUGAUUCUUGUGACUAGUUUCUUGAGCGAUGAGGCAUUAGCGAAGGGCUGUCAUCUUGAUGUGUUUUGUUGUGUUUGCUCUGCCUCAGUGGAGGUGUGUCUUGUUGUAUUUGCUCAGACGUCGAGGAUACUGCUGCAUAUGUAUGGGGUUGUUUUGAAGUUUCUGACUCUACCUUGAAGAUCUUCAUGUAAAUACAUGUAUUUUGUUUUUGUUGGCCCAUAUGAUUUAUUGGCCAAAGUAAUUGUAUAGCUGAGAAGAGUGAUUCUCACAUUGCGGUAUCUUGGUGCUACUGUUUGAUCAUUUGCAUAAAUCUGUGCUUUGUCUACACAUGGUAAGACCCUUGAAUCA